AUGUUUGUACUAGAAAGCAGAGUUCACACUGGAGAAAAGCAGUAUGAGUGUAAUGAUUGUGGGAAGUCCUUCAGUCAGAGUUCCACCCUCAUUCAACAUCACAGAGUUCACACUGCAGAAAAGCCUUAUGAGUGUAGUGAAUGUGGGAAAUCUUUUACCCACAAUAGUCAGCUCCUUAUCCAGAAGAGAGUUCACACUGGAGAAAAACCUUAUGAAUGUGGUGAAUGUGGGAAAUCCUUUAGACAAAAUAGUCGGGUCCUUAUCCACAAGAGAGUUCACACUGGAGAAAAACCUUAUGAUUGUGGUGAAUGUGGGAAAUCCUUUAGGCAAAAUAGUAGGCUCCUUAUCCACAAGAGAGUUCACACUGGAGAAAAACCUUAUGAAUGUGGUGAAUGUGGGAAGUUCUUUAGUGAGAGUUCCAAGAUCAUUCGACAUCAGAGAAUUCACACUGGAGAAAAGCCUUAUGAGUGUUGUGAAUGUGGGAAAGCUUUUACCCGCAAUAGUUCCCUUCUUACACACAAGAGAGUUCAUACAGGAGAAAAACCUUAUGAAUGUAGUGAAUGUGGGAAGACUUUUAGGCAAAAUAGUCACCUCCUUAUCCACAGGAGAGUUCACACUGGAGAAAAACCUUAUGAAUGUGGUGAAUGUGGGAAGUCUUUUAGGGAUAAUAGUCAUCUCCUUAUCCACAAGAGAGUUCACACUGGAGAAAAACCUCAUGAAUGUAGUGAAUGUGGGAAGACUUUUAGGCAAAAUAGUCACCUCCUUAUCCACAGGAGAGUUCACACUGGAGAAAAACCUUAUGAAUCUGAAAAACCUUAUGAAUGUAAUGAAUGCGGAAAGUCUUUUAGGCAAAAUAGUCACCUUCUUAUCCACAAGAUAGUUCACGCUGGAGAAAAACCUUAUUUAUGUGGUGAAUGUGGGAAGUCUUUUAGGGAUAAUACGCAGCUCUUUAUCCACAAGAGAGUUCACACUGGAGAAAAACCUUAUGUGUGUCGUGAAUGUGGGAAGUCUUUUAGGCUAAAUACUCAGCUCCUUAUCCAAAAGAGAGUUCACACUGGAGAAAAACCUUAUGAAUGUAGUGAAUGUGGGAAGUCUUUUAGGCAAAACAGUCACCUCCUUAUCCACAGGAGAGUUCACACUGGAGAAAAACCUUAUGAAUGUGGUGAAUGUGGGAAGUCUUUUCGGGAUAAUAGUCAUCUGCUUAUCCACAAGAGAGUUCACACUGGAGAAAAGCCUCAUGUGUGUAGUGAAUGUGGGAAAGCUUUUAACUGCAAUUAUUCUCUUCUUAUCCACAAGCGAGUUCACACUGGAGAAAAACCUUAUGAAUGUGGUGAAUGUGGAAAGUCUUUUAGGGUUAGUAGCCUGCUCCUUAUCCACAAGAGAGUUCACACUGGAGAAAAACCUUAUGAAUGUAGUGAAUGCGGAAAGUCUUUUAGGCAAAAUAGUCACCUCUUUAUCCACAAGAGAGUUCACACUGGAGAAAAACGUUAUGAAUGUGGUGAAUGUGGGAAAUCCUUUAGCCAAAAUAGUCAGCUCCUUAUCCACAAGAGAGUU